AUGGCGGCACAGAGGACGCAUUUAAGUUGUCAUUGUAGCGGGCGAGAUGGACAGCUCGAUUCAGAAAAUGCUGCAGGAAGUUUGUAUCAGUUGUCAGCUGACGAAAAGUGGGUCCUUUUACCGUGCAACUACAAGAAGUUGUACAGACAUUCGUAUACUGCUGAUUACAUUGCUUACAAUGUUGACAAUAAAACAAUUCAGCGUAUUAACCCUCCUGAUAAAGAAAAACAAGUUCAACUAGCAAUAUGGGGUAACCAAGGGAACUCAUUGGCAUUUGUUCAAAACAACAAUAUAUAUUACAUGUCUAACGUUAAAAGUCAACCAAAGAAAAUAACUUCUAAUGGUGAAGAACACAAGAUUUUCAAUGGUAUAACAGACUGUGAUCACUAUUUUACYAAYAUGGCGUGGUUUAACWCUACUAAGCURUURAUUGCMUGGUCAAAYCGAGUUCAGAAUGUCUCCAUUUGGAGACAAUAUGACGUGUCAACAAACGACAGCUUCGAGACUCAGAGACAAGAAGUUGAAGAUGGUUGGGUCGAUAUGUCAACMUACUUGAAACCCAACCCUUGGUUUUCUAAAGAUGGCUCGUACUUUCUCACUAAAUGGCCUUUUUCGCAAGGAAGCGCGGGAGAAUUUCUACAUAUCGCUAAAAUAUCUACCGAUCGAAAUUCAACUAUUACAAACUUAACAUACGGAGAGUGGGAAGUUGAUAGGAUUUUAGCGUUUAACAGAGAAACAGAAAUAGUCUAUUUUUCGAGCUCGGAGACAUCGCCUCGAGAACUUCAUAUUUAUAGCUUUAAUUUACAAACGAAAGAAAARARCUGUCUUUCCUGUGGCGUUGCUUGGGCAAAAAGUGGYAGGUGCAAGUAUUUUAGAGCAUCGUUCAGUAAUAAUGCCUUAUGGUACGUUYUGUAUUGUCAAGGUCCAGGUGUGCCUAUCAGCUCCCGUCAUAACGUAGAAACCGGAGAAGUUGUUAUUCUACAGUCUAAUGAAUAUGCAGUAAAGCAAAUGGAAAAAAUGAUGAUACCACAGAGGAARAACUUUAGAUUUCAAUCAGGGAAAUACAUGAUAGAUGGAGUGGAAAUUCGUCCUCCAAACUUUGAUCCUAASAAGAAAUACGCUGUUCUUCUUGAUGUAUAUGGAGGUCCUGGGUACCAAAGGGUCACUGAACAAUUUACCUUGUCCAACACUGGCUGGAACGCGUAUCUUGUCAGYAACUAUGAUAUUAUAAUAGUCCGAAUCGAUGGUCGUGGACAAAAAAGCCGUGGCGAAAGAUUCAAACAUGAAGUAUACCUAAAGCUGGGUGAGUUUGAAGCUGAAGACACCAUUAAUGCCGGCAGGUAUAUGCAAAGCAAGGAAUAUGUGGACAAAGAUAAACUUGCUAUUUGGGGAUGGUCUUAUGGAGGCUACCUAACAACAUACGUGCUUUCCAAGAAUACUGGUGUGUUUAAGGUUGGACUCGCUGUGGCUCCUGUGACUGAUUGGCGUUACUAUGAUACUGCUUAUACGGAGCGGUACAUGGGACUACUACAAGACAACAUGGCUGGAUAUAAUUUAACCUCACUAUUACGACGUGCCAGUCAGUUCCGCAACGUAUCWUAUCUCAUUGUACACGGUUCGGGUGAUGAUAAUGUACACUACCAGCAUACAGCGCAAAUGGUCAAAGCGCUGACKCUUGCGCAGAUUGACUUCCGUGUACAAUACUAUACAGAUAAAGCCCACUCGAUUGCUGGAUCGAAAACAAGACGCCAUCUUUGGAACUUGCUGGUUGAGUACUUGACUUCAAAACUAGGCUUAACUAAACUCACUUGAGAUAACAAAACUAUAUAUAUAUUAUAUAUAUGAUUACUAUAGCUAUUUGAUGUCCAAUUCGAUUUUUACUUUUCAUAUAAACUACUAGUUCCCAGCUGUAUGCAAAAUAUCGCCGUCACUCAUUGGUUACUAUUAUUACAGUUGGUGUAAACACUAUGACGUCAUCGCCGCCAUGUUGGAUGAAAAAGCAUAGUUGUCAAUAGUCCCAACAUGACGGCGAAUAUCGCCGUCACUCAUUGGUUACUAUUAUUACAGUUGGUGUAAACACUAUGACGUCAUCGCCGCCAUGUUGGAUGAAAAAAGCAUAGUUGUCAAUAGUCCCAACAAGGCGGCGAAUACUUUGUAAUUUAUACUUUAAGAUUUGGCACAACAAGAAUACAAAAUAUAUGCAAUAUCUUCGUACGAGUGACAAAAGAACUUCACGUCUACUGAAAAAUAAAGAAAUUGAUGAUGGUGCGCUUCAAAUGUAUGGUAUAAAAUUGUUUAAAAGUUGACCGAUCUCGAACGCCGAAGCUUGCAUGUGUCGCGAUUUAAGCUUUGUUUCCGUGGCGAAGCAACUUAUCUCACGGCAAAGUGAUUUGUAUCAAGUUGGAAAUGUUUGUUGAAGAAAAUAGAUCUUUCUACAUUUUCGCUAAAAAACCUUUCGAUGUUGUGCGUAUUACUACAACAAACCAACUUGUCUCAGCAAAAUUGACGUUCCGUUACAAUCAGCUGACUGCAUUGGCCAAUCAGAAAUCAGGAUUUACUCAACUAGCAACAAAUUAUUUUUCUGCAAGACAAGUUGGUAACGCGCUGCAUCAGCGUUGCGAGAGGCUAUUUGGAAGGUUUUCGUUAAGUGCGUGCGUUUGAAAUGGCCUUUUCUCGCCACAAAUCAGUAUUAUUCCUAAUAUAUGUAUCAACAAUCGCAAUAGAGCACUGUGACCUGGGAGAAAAAAAAGGCCGCUAUAAAUAUUAUACAAAUCCAAAUGAUUCACUUAGUUACUGCACACGCCAAGUGUAUGUACACGGUGAUAAAAUUAGGCAUUAAAAAGACCAAUAAAAACUMAAAAGUUGAGGCCAGCUUCUAGCCAGUUUGUUAUCUUGUUGAGCUGAAUUCGAAAUAAUAAAGAUUUCCAGUGCUUUUGAAUUAA